AGAGAUAUCAAUGGAAUUGGAAGGCCUGGUUCGUUGCUCAACAAAUUACGUUCCUUUGACUCCCAUAAGCUUCUUGGAACGAGCAGCAAAGGCCUACAGAGACACAACCUCGGUUGUGAACGGUUCUGUGAAGUACACUUGGGGGGACAUGCAUGAACGAUGUCUGAAAAUAGCUUCUGCUCUGAACCAGUUGGGAAUUUCUCAUGGGGAUGUGGUUGCAACCCUGGCCCCUAAUGUCCCAGCAAUGCAUGAGCUGCAUUUUGCAGUUCCAAUGGCAGGAGCUCUCAUCUGUCCACUUAAUACACGCCAUGAUUCAGCAAUGUUAUCAGUCCUACUAGAACAUUCAGAAGCCAAGAUCAUAUUUGUAGACUACCAAUUACUUGAUAUUGCUCAUGGAGCACUCAAGCUUCUAACAAAGACAGAAAGAAAGCCACCAAUUCUAGUCUUAAUAGCUGAAUCUGAUGGCCCAUUACCCACUGAUCACAUUUCCUCUGAAACUCACGAAUAUGAGAGUCUUCUGGCAGAAGGACACGAUGGAUUUGAAAUACGACCAAAUAGUGAAUGGGAUCCUAUUUGUAUUAAUUACACUUCUGGCACAACAUCCAGACCAAAAGUAGUGUAUUGUCACAGAGGUGCCUAUCUAAAUUCUCUAGCAAGUGUUCUUCUCCACGGGAUUGGCUCAUUGCCGGUUUACCUUUGGACUCUGCCUAUUUUUCACUGCAAUGGGUGGAACCUCACUUGGGGAUUGGCAGCUCAGGGUGGCACCAAUGUAUGCCUCAGAAAAGUUACUCCAAAGGCCAUAUUUGACAACAUUGCUCUGCAUAAUGUGACACACAUGGGAGGGGCACCAACUGUCCUGAACAUGAUUGUGAACUCGCCGAUCAGUGAUCGAAGGCCACGUCCCCACACGGUGGAAGUAAUGACCGGGGGUGCACCCCCACCUCCACAAAUUCUUUCCAAAAUGGAAGAAUUGGGUUUUGGGAUAUCUCACUUGUAUGGCCUUACAGAAACAUAUGGUCCAGGAACUUCUUGCAUAUGGAAACCUGAGUGGGAUUCUCUACCUCUCAAUGAACGAUACAAAUUAAAAGCUCGACAAGGAGUACAUCAUGUUGGAUUGGAGGAUGUUGAGGUAAAAGAUCCUGUCACAAUGGCAAGUGUACCAGCUGAUGGUAAAACUAUAGGGGAUAUAAUGUUUAGAGGUAACACAGUAAUGAGUGGAUACUUAAAAGAUUUGGAAGCAACAAAAGAAGCUUUCAAUGGUGGAUGGUUUCGAAGUGGGGAUUUAGCUGUGAAACAUCCUGAUAACUAUAUCGAAGUAAAGGAUCGGUUGAAGGAUGUGAUAAUUUCUGGUGGGGAAAACAUAAGCACAGUUGAGGUGGAAACAGUUUUGUAUAGUCAUCCAGCAAUUCUUGAGGCUGCAGUGGUUGCACGACCAGAUAAUCAUUGGGGCCAAACUCCUUGUGCAUUUGUGAAGUUAAAAGAAGGAUAUGAUGGUGUUGGUGCUCAGGCAAUAAUCAAGUUUUGUCGAGAUCAUUUACCACAUUAUAUGACUCUUAAGACUGUCAUUUUUGAGGAUUUGCCAAAAACCUCAACGGGAAAGAUACAAAAGUUUAUUUUGAGAGAGAAAGCAAAGGCUAUGGGCAGCCUUUCUUGACCAACAAGUUUGGCAAGUGUCAAAGCUUUUUAAUCUUCUCGUAAUGUAAUAAAUUUUCUUUCUUUGUUCUAUAAUAAAUCCAA